GCCGAGGGAGAGCGGCGAGAGCGCCCGCCUGCGCUCCUUGGAGGACCCGUCCCACCGCCCGCCUGCCGGCCUGGGUUGGAGCCGGCGCCGGGCGCGAAGAUGCCAGUGGCGGUGAUGGCGGCGGCGAGCGGCGCCCUCGGCUAUCGGAAGCUGCUGGAGCAGUGCGAGACUCAGGAGCUGGAGGCCCCUGGAGGAAUAGCAACACCACCUGUUUAUGCGCAACUCCUAGCUUUGUACCUUUUGCAUAAUGACAUGAACAAUGCACGGUAUUUGUGGAAAAGAAUCCCUCCUGCAAUUAAGUCUGCAAACCCUGAACUUGGUGCAAUUUGGUCAGUGGGGCAGAGAAUCUGGCAAAGAGAUUUCCCUGGAAUUUAUACAACAAUUGGUGCACAUCAGUGGUCUGAAUCUAUUCAGCCAAUCAUGGAAGCACUUAGAGAUGCAACUAGGCGGCGAGCAUUUGGACUGGUCUCUCAAGCAUAUACCUCAAUAAGUGCAGAUGACUUUGCAGCCUUUGUUGGGCUUCCCAUAGAAGAAGCAGUGAAAGGUGUUCUUGAUCAGGGCUGGCAAGCAGAUUCAUCCACUCGCAUGGUUAUGCCUAAAAAGCCAGGUCCCCAAGAGCCUUCAUUCAACAGAUUUCACCCGUUAUCAGAACCUGCUUCAGUCCCACCAAUUCCCAAUGAACAGCAGUUGGCCCGGUUAACUGACUAUGUGGCUUUCCUGGAAAACUGAUAACUCCAGUCACUCAUUCAUUGCAUCCUGUGUACUUCUAGACCUUUCAACAUUAUGUUUGUCCUGUUGAAUGUUGCAAUAUAUGCAUUAUUAUGGAAUAUGCUGGUAAAACAUAGUUUUGCAUUUCAUCUUUAUGUGUAUUUUGCUGGAGCAAGGGUUUAGAUCACUUGAUUCCCCCUGAUUAUCAACCAGCUGCACAGCAAUAUUAUUUAUUCAGUUUUAAAUUCUUGUGCUUUAUUGUGAGGAAGGCAGCUUCUCUCCAACAGUAAUGUCUUCUAAAUGCAGCAGUGGAGAAAAGUCAUCUGUUGCCGUGGGUGGAACAGAAACUGAAGUCUGAAAGGACAUGGAAGGAUUGUACCCAGAUCAGGGAACAAGGUGUAGUCUUUCCAUAGAAAGUGGAGUCUGAUACUACACGCUAAAGAUUACACUCUUGUUCCUUUAUAAUGAGGUUCUGAAGUUGCUUUUUCUGUUUUUAAUUACCUGAAGUCUCCUUACUCGAGGCAGUUUUUGACUGCUGUAUGCAAUGUGUCCUUUUCUCUUUAAAAGGAAACUAAGCAGAGUGACCAUUUAAAAAACAUGUUUGAGUACCCAUUAGGUCUUCGGGGGAAGAUGGAAAAAUAUUGGGAUAUAUUUUUCAGAGAGCUUCAUCUGGCUUCAGUUAUCUAGAUGAUAGUGUCAUUGGUGUUUAGGUUCUUUCAUACAUAUGUGGCUUGUAUUUAAGACAGUAAUUCGAUUGACAGCCUUUCUCACAAUUCUGGAGCAUGUUUGCCAUCACUGAAAAAAUAGUUCUGUGGUUGAUGUAAAUGGAUGAAAUUAUGCUGCAACUUUGGACGAACAUUUCUGAAUUGGAAUCCUGAUCGUAUUGAUUGCUCCCUUCAGUACUAUCUGGAAGGAAGCAGCUUGCUCUUGCCAUGCCCUUGUCUGUAAUGCUUCCAUUUAAAAUGCAGCCCUCCUCUAGAGUCUCAUUCUUUUUUCUCUUUUCAUUUGUUCCCCUCUUCAGGUGUUGGUCACCAUCAUUUCAUAGCUUGCCUCUGAAAUGGGUAGUGUCUGUCCUUUUGUUCUACCAGUGCACUAUUACUGUACCUUCUGACAGUGUUUUAGAUGUUUUUGGGUGCAAGAAGGUCCCAGUAUGUACACAGUUACUUUAAGAGGCUCUUUGUGAGUGUAACCAUUGAUCUCAAACUAUUAUUUAUUGGGGGGAGGGAGCCUCAGCUCUUGAAAUUGUUGGAAGUUAAUUUUGGUAAUAAAGUGUGCUUACAUCAGACCAGAA